AGAAGUUAAGAUAUAUUCACUUAAAAACUAAUGGAUUUCUUCUUUGAUCUUGAGAUUCCAUUAACGAGCUUCAAAGAACAUCAAUCCGACAUACUUCCAUCUCUGUUUGCCGAUGAAUCUGUUUUCGUUCUUCACGAUUUUCCCGCCAAUUUUCGCCAAGAAGCAUUGAUGGUCAUAUCCAAGUUUUCCGAAGAUUUGGAUCCGUUCGUGACCUACCUUGCUGUUAAUUAUAUGGAUCGAUUCAUUUCUGCUCAAAAACUUGUGAAUCAAGAGAAGCCUUGGAUCGUCGGGCUUGUAGCGAUUUCAUGCCUUUCUCUUUCUGUAAAAAUGAAGAAUUCUGAUUUAGCCAUACCAGAUUUACAGGGAUACAAAUGCUCGAUUUAUGAUGCAAAAUCCAUUAGUCGAAUGGAGGUUCUUAUUCUCACGUCUCUGAAAUGGCGAAUGCGAUCAAUUACGCCAUUUUCAUUCCUCUAUUACUUCCUUUCGUUGUUUGAGCUUGAAGAUCCAUGUUUAUCACAAGCAAUCAAAGAUCGAGCUUCACAGAUCAUAUUGAAAUCUUCUUACGGAAUCAAGUAUUUGGAAUUUAGACCAUCAGUGAUUGCAGCAUCUGCUCUUCUUCAUGCAUCUCAACAUCUGAUUCCCCUUCAACAUUCUCAGUUCAGAGCUGCAAUUUCCUCAUGUAAAUAUCUAAACAAAGAAAGCUUGGAAGAAUGCUUAGGUGUAAUGCGGAACAUGGCAUCGAAUAUAAAAGAGUCGACUAGUGUCGUUGACCACCAAUGUAGAAGCAGCGAAAGCGAAAACAAUACAAGCAUGAAACGGAGGAGAUUGAAUGACCGACACAUCAUCCCAUUUUCACAAUUUGAAAAUUGUUGAAAUUGAUGGCGUUUAUACGGAUACAAUUUUCGCUUUGUAUGCCGAGGGUGAAUCGACCAUAAAAUAUAGCAUCUUGAGUCACCUUAGUGUUAGAUUAUAUUAUUAGCUUAGCUAUGCGAGCCGAUUAAUCCCACAGCGACCACCUGUUUUGACCACCUGCAAAGCAGGUAGCCUGAAGUCAUCAUAUUUGAACAUUUGUGGCCACAAGGGGAUUUUUAUUCCUCAUUCUGAGACCU